AUGUCACAAGGACAAACAGAAGGCAUAAGGGUUAUACAACCUCAAGAAGAUGUACGCCUACGCCAACCUAUUUCUGCUCAGGAAUUUAUGCGCGGAACCGACUUCGCGGCCGAUUUUUCCGCUAUAGACCCUCAGCUUCGAUUCAAAGAUAUCUCAGUCGAUAAUAUAACGGAGAUACAUGCAACCACGUACGCAGCUAAGGCCCUUAAAGCCUAUACUCUUGAGAAGAUGUGGGAUGAUGAAGUCUUCCAUGCUUUCCAACAAGACUUUGAAGGAUGGACGCUAGACAUGUUCCUUAUGGUUGAAAUUUCAUACCGGCGGGAGCUCCGCCGGGUUCUCCGCCGAAAGGGAGUAUAUACUGGGACGAACCACCAGCGAAUCGAACGAUCCUUGAUUAAGCUACUCGAAGCCGACAGUUUCCCUACUUGGGACCCCGAGGAAUUCACAAAACAGAUAUUUGACGUACGAUCAAAUGCUUCCUGGCAACAACAAGCCCUCGCAACGCCUUCUUCCCGAGAGAAUAUCCAAAAUCCGACCCAAGACCAGUCACCAAGGGACCAGCCUACAACCCAAGCCCAGGCUUUGCAACAGCAGCAACAGCCGUACAAGGCCCUGCCCCCUCGUUCCGUUCCGAACGAACGGCUUGACCCCGCCGUUUCUGCCCAGUUUCUAAAGACCUUUGACAAAGACCAAAAGUACACAGGCGAGCCCUACGACCUCCUUGACGAUAAGAUGAAGAUCUUUUUCAACAUCUGCUUCCAUGCACAGAUCCGGGAGACCCAAUUCUAUGCGGUAUUUCUAGGAUUCUUAACGGACGAGCAGAAACCUUCUACCUUCAUUACGUCGAUCAAGACGAUACAUUUGCAAUAG